UCUUAACAAUGUUUAGAAACAAGUGGAACGUCGAGUGUGUCGGACGUGCGUUGCCGCAUGAGAAAGUUUUGAAGUUCGCGCAGUGAGUUCAGUGAUACCGAAGCGUUCGGUGCAGACACAUGGUUCGGCACUCCGGCCACGGCAUGGAGACCACUUUCUAUGACGAGCAGUAUCCCAUCAGCGGCCCCGUGGAGAACCUGAAGCGGCCCCUCACGUUAGACGUGGGGCGCGGCGUGAAGCGCGCCAGGCUCGGCGGGGCACCCGUACUCUCAUCUCCAGACCUACAGAUGCUGAAGCUCGGCUCACCGGAGCUCGAGAAACUGAUCAUCCAGAACGGCUUGGUGACGACGGCCACCCCCACUCCAGGUGCGCCGGUGCUGUUCCCCGCGGUCGCGCCUACUGAAGAGCAAGAGAUGUACGCGCGGCCAUUCGUCGAGGCGCUAGACAAGCUGCACCACGGCGAGGUGACACCGAUCGGGCGGCGAGUGUACGCCGACCUGGACCGGCCGCUCGAGCGGUACCCCACGCCCGUGGUGAAGGACGAGCCGCAGACGGUGCCCAGCGCCGCCAGCUCGCCUCCACUUUCCCCUAUUGACAUGGACACGCAGGAGAGGAUCAAACUGGAGCGCAAGCGACAGAGGAAUCGAGUGGCCGCUUCCAAAUGCAGGCGGCGCAAGCUCGAACGCAUCUCCAAGCUGGAGGACAAGGUGAAGAUCCUGAAGGGCGAGAACGCGGAGCUGGCGCAGAUGGUGGUAAAGCUAAAAGAGCACGUACACCGACUGAAGGAGCAAGUGCUGGAGCACGCCAACGGCGGCUGCCACAUCGAGUCGCACUUCUGAUCGCGCCGCUGCCGCCGCCGCCGCGCCUCCACAUUCCAUGCUAGUCGCGCCCGCCAGGACGCAGCAUACAAAGCGAUUUGUGAUCUUAUUUUUACUGUGUAAUAUAUAGUUAUGAGCCUAGUGUGUAAGGUUUUGCUACGUUACGUGGACGUGUCGUUAAGUUUGAGAGAUUAGAUUGCCAGUGAUGACUGACGAGUGCCUGCGGAGUGCGGAACGUUCGCUCGCUCCCAAAGGAUGUACUUAGCGCGAGUCGUUCUCGGCUUCCGUCGUAAGUUGCAGAACUGAUUGUUUGCCCGUAUCAGUAUUGCGUUGUCUCAUUUUGUUUAGAAUAGUGUAGAAACUAGAAAGGAUAAUCGUGCGACGUCAUUCGUUUGCAGUCUGAGUGGACGAGGUUUGUGCGACGUUGCCGAUCGCGCCUCGCGCGGUGAAUUUCCCGUUUCAGCGAUGUUGCCACACUCGCACCUCGCUAGUCGCUGAACCGGCCAUUUCUAUUGUUCCCCGCGUGUGCCGUCCAUUGUGUUGUGUAUAUUUUUUCUGUCGGACAGAAUCUUAUUAUGAUAAUUACGUUCAAUUUGGUCGCAAUUAAUGGCGUAGAGGGAGAGAGAAUUGUCGGUUCGGGUCGGCAGUCGCGCGGGUGCGAGCAGGACGGCACGGCGAGGACCGGCAACGGCGCGCCGUACCAAGUCACGAGCGGAUGUUCUGCUAAUUAAAAUUCCGCCUGCGCCGCCCUCGCGGAAUGGCGGCCAUGUGUUCCAACAGUCGGACGUUCCGAAUCACGUUUUGUUGCACAAGGUUAACUUUUUAAUCGCGACGAUGUCGUUUUGACGCCACCGCGAGCUGGAACGACGUCGUCGCCACGCUUGAUUGUUUCAAGACAAAUUACGCGCUUGUUGUGUGCAUGAAUGUGUAUUUGUGUGUUGUGCGUGUGUGCGCACGUUGUACGAGAGAGAGCGUGUGCAUUGUGCAAAGUAUUUUCCCCAACGCGAAAGAAUAUUUCUUGGAACUGAACCGGUGCUCUUAGAGGACGCGACUUGUUACGUGAGGCCGUCCUGUAAAAUAUAUUUUGUAAAUUGCGAGAGAGAACAAUAUGGCGAUGAGUGUGCGAUGCGAAUGAAUGCGCGACGAAAGUAUUUAUUAGUGAGAAUGUACCUUUUAGGAUGAUGUAGAAAUCUCGAGUGCCUACGCUUUGUAAGCUAUGUAGCCUAUACUUAUGUUUUAAUUGUUUUUGUUACCAUUAAUAGUACUACAGUAAUUGUUCUGUACCAUUGUCUUAUAGAUUAUUAUUAAGUAAUAAAUACCAAUUAACAAGUUGAUUGUUAUUGAGGUGGAUUCGCCGAGCCCCCGCGCUAACGCGGAGGGCGCGGCAUAGACACCAUUUGUAUUAUUUUUAUACGAAAAAGAAGUUUGUCAAGAAUGUUAACUGUAAUGUGUAAGUUUAUAAAAAUGAACAGUUAUACUAAAAUAUAAAAAAAAAUAAUAAUAUAUUUCUAUGAAUUUAACAAAUCGUAUUGUUUUAUACUGAAUACAUAUUGUAUAAUAAAACAGUGAGGAGAUAAAAAUAAAUUAUGAAGAUUAUUAUACCAUUUAAAA